AUGAUCAUACGUAAUUUUGAUUCUUAUAAAAAUAACUAUAGUAUAAUAACGUCGACAUUGCCGAGUGAGCUCUGAUCCAACAUGGACACAGAAGACAAUUUAGUAGUCUCCGUGCUGGACUUGUAUAAAGAAAAAAAAUGGCGGGAAAUAGUAGACAGGUGCCAUGAUCACCCUGAGAGGAAUAAGUUACUGUGGGUGUUCCCAUCGGAGGCAAAUUUGAAUUUUAUGAGUGAAUGUUUAGCGGACUUGAAAUGUGACAGGGUGCUCAGCAUCGGAUGUGGUAGCGGUCUGCUGGAAUGGAUCCUCAUUGAGGCAACGGGUUUCCGAGUAUCAGGGGUGGAAGUAGAUGGCGCUUGGUGGCAAUGUAAAUAUGCGCCGCCUACUUUUAUACCUCUCCUUCUCACUUCUCCUAAAUUAGACAAGGAUGUAAUGAACCUACUGUUAGAAGGAAGCACGACAGCCUUAUUGUUCUGUUACUUCAAUAAUAGAUUAGCUUUUAAUGAAUAUUUGAAAUAUUACUCCGGAAGGGUGUUGGUUAUUAUUGGGCCAGGGGACGGUAAAGGUGUCCAUACGGACCCUAAGCCCUUUGGUGACGUUAGCCGCGACUGGAUAUUACAUAAGUGGGAGGAGGUCAGAAAUAGCAAAGAUUAUAUAGCCGUAUACUAUAAAACGAUAGACUCAAAAUGCUAA